AUGGUUCGAUCCUUUUCAAUUCCCCUGCAAAGGUGUGCCCUGAGAUGCAUCGUCGGCAUCAAAGGGCAGCCUGUAUCUCGCCGAUGGCAACCUAUCUUUCAGUUGAAGCACACGAGAUCCAUUCAUGAUGAGACCCACGAUGAUAAACAAAGUUCUAUUCAUGAUAUUACCACCACUGCAUCUACGUCUGAACUCACUGGAUCUGAAGAUAAACAUAUUAUGCGUGCAUUGAAGGAUGAGUCCUAUUUCACGCUCCCUAAUCCUACGCACAAGAAUGACUAUCGUGCUGGAGAGAGCGUUAUUAUUUACGGCUUCCUCAAGAAGCGUAAAGAUAAAAGAGCCGGCUUGAGCAUUUGUGAAUUGGUUCCCCAUAACUCCGACGUCGUCAUUCAGAUUGAGUCUCGCCGUCAAGACUCCGAUCAUACCCAUGAGAAAUUCAAGUCUAUCCCGGCUCACAGCCCGGUCAUGAUUCAGGGAGUCCUCCAGGAGUCUUCAAAGGGUAGUUCAGACCCGACACGGCGACAUUUGAAGAAAUGGGACGUAAGGCUGCAACAUAUACAUUGCCUAAACCCUUUCCCGAAAGAUAUUAUCGUCUCCGAGAAUGCUGUGUGGCCACCCAAAUUACGUCAUAUGCAACUUCGGUUCGAUCCUGCUCUUCGCGAUAGGUUGAAAUUCCGCCAUGAUCUGCAGCGACUGUGUGUUAACUGGCUACAUGAGGAAGGGUUUACUCAAAUCGAUACUCCUAUUCUCUUCAAGUCGACUCCAGAAGGUGCGAGAGAAUUUUUAGUCCCGACGAGGCGUAAAGGCUACGCCUAUGCGUUACCGCAGAGCCCGCAGCAGUACAAGCAAAUUCUUAUGGCCGGUGGCAUUGGGAACUACUUCCAAUUCGCCAGGUGCUUCCGUGACGAGGAUAAUCGUGCCGACAGACAGCCCGAGUUCACCCAGCUAGAUUUGGAGAUGGCUUUUGCCAAUGAGGGAAUGGUAAUUGAGUUGGUUUCACGUCUCAUGACCAAAAUAUUUCACUACCUCCACACCAACUACGUUUCGGUAGAUGACCUUGGCGGACGGCACCCAAUAUAUCUUCCGAAAGACGACCUGCCGUUAGUGGACGAAGAUAAGGCCGCAUAUGGGAAGCAAGGUCAACCCCAAUCCCGAAAUGAAAAUAAACCUAGCGAAGGAAAUAGUGGGAGAGAGGGGGACGGUGUCUUUCGGUAUCCUCCCACCUCCCUUCAGAUUGCUAGGAUACCAUAUGAAAAGGCAAUGCAAUGGUUCGGUUCCGACAAGCCCGAUUUACGUAUACAACGGCCACAUGUAUCGAGUAUCCGUACCCUCUCAGAUCUCCCAAAAGAAUUCACUAAUAUGAUCACAAGCCUAGAAAAUCCUGUCGUGGAUUUUUGCAAGUUUCAAUUAAAUUUACCACCUAGCGAGGCUAAAAGCUUUAUAAGCAAGUUUAUGGACGCUCUGCCUAACUCCACAAUCAAAUUAACUCCUGAGAGUACCCCUGCUGUCUUCAUAUACGAUUCUAGCAAGCCACUUAAUGGAUUAUCAGCCUUGGGGCACGAAAGUGCCGAAAAUAUUUCGGGGAUUCAAGAUGAUUAUUUCCCUGAAAUUAAGGACGGCGACAUUCUCAUCAUGCAAGCACGGAAAGAUGAGCCUUUCUUCGGGGGUUCUACUGACCUCGGCAAGCUCCGAACCGCAAUACACUCAGCGGCUGUCCAGGCGGGUUUGAUACCCAAAGACCGCUCAUUUAGAGCUGUCUGGAUAUACGAGUUUCCCCUCUUCACGCCGAAUGGAGAUGACCCUGGACAAGGAGGAGCCUCGGGGUUCUCUUCUACUCACCACCCCUUUACAGCUCCUCGCGAUUACGUGCUCCUCAAGACGGACCCGCUCAAAGUUAAGGGCAGACACUACGACCUCGUCAUCAACGGCGUAGAGCUCGGCGGUGGAAGCCAACGUAUUCAUCAAGCUUGGAUCCAGGAGAUGAUUAUGCGAGACGUUCUCAAGAUGACCGACGAGGGCGUUGCCGAGUUCUCGCAUCUUCUUGAGGCCCUACGAGCGGGGUGCCCACCGCAUGCUGGGUUCGCGUUCGGGUUUGAUCGCCUGCUGACGGUACUUUUGGGUCUCACAUCGGUUAGGGACGUUAUUGCGUUCCCUAAGGUGAAGGGGGGCGAAGAUCGACUCGUUGGUAGCCCGGCGAAGAUUACACCUGCGCAGCAGGAGAUGUAUCACAUCUUUGCGGACUCGGAAGAAUAG